UACCACAAAUAUCUUCAACCAUCCACCCAGUCAAUCCAAAGUACCAAACCCGCAAUGGAAGAUAGUUUCAGAGUGAGAGUCGAUAAAGCUUUUGGUUCUCUCUCCUCCCUUUCCUCGUCCUCGUCAUCGCAGAAGACAUCAUCUUCAUCUCUAAGUUCUCUUUGGUGCCUCACUGAUGACGAAAUCGAGAGAAAAGAAUGGAACAGAGACAAGGACAUCCUGGAGCCUCGAUCUGCUGCCUGCCUCCCUCGGUACCCUUCCGCCGCAGAGAACAAGAAACUUGGGAAUUACCGCAUGGAUCUCGAGAAAGACCUUGACGACCUAGAUGAUGACGACGACGCUGAUGUUUCGGAGGAGGAGCAACAACUGAGUGUCUCGUCGAGUCGGCGUUCGCGGCCGGACGAUUAUAACGACGAAGAGUGGGAAAUUAAAUCCUCUAUUGGCUUGGACUGCACUCUUGAUUACGAGGAGGAAGAAGAUGAAUAUGAUAAAGUGGCUGUCGGCAAGGAAAAGAAAGGAGAUCGUUUGUACAUGAAGGAUAUAAAUGACUAUGAGAUAGAAUCAGGUGAUUCCAACACAAUUCCUGACUCAUUUACUGAUAUCAGUAGAGAUCCCCGUGCCAAUCAUAUUGCAGCAAAAAUUAGACUCAAAGAGGAUGCUGAAGCUGCCAAGAGAAUUGAUUCUUUGCGGGUCUCUGAGAAUGAUGCACCUGCUGCGGUUGAGUGUCAAAUUAACUCCUCUGAGGAUGUUACUCUGAAAUCAAUUCUGAAAAGGAAGGAUACUCAGGCAGAUACUAGGUCACAAAAACGUGUACGUUUCGAUUCUGAAUGUAAAACUGAUUCUGAAAAAGGAUCUGAAAGAGUAGAAGAUAUUAUGACAGAAACCUUUUCCACCGAAAACAUCACUCUCACAAGUGAAGAAUUGAAGCUGCAUCCAGCCUAUCCUUCUGGAGUUCCAGAUUAUUUGAGGAAUCCUUCAAAAUAUACACAUUAUACUUUUGACUCAAGCGACAUGGAUGAAGCAUCUAAUAAGCAAGCAUAUAUGGACUUCCUUAAUCUACUGAAGAGACGAAAAGGUGAGUCACAGUCAGAUGAUGCACCUGUUCAACUUCCAAAAUCGGUCACCUUUAUCCCAAAAAGGAAGACAGAUGAAAUUACAGUUCAGGAAAACUCUACUAUAUCAAAACAAACUCAGGAUGAUGCUGGCAAAGAAUCAGUACAUAGCAAAGGUCUCCCUGUAGGUAUUGCAGCCAGUGUUACUGGUGAUGAAGUUUGUGCAAUGGAGGAAGAUGAAGCAGAUAUAGCUCCUGAUAGAAGUGCCUUACAGAAAUCAGGCCGUAAGUAUAGGAUGAAAGCAAGGUCGGACCCAGAUGAAUCUUUAAGUUGAUCAGUAAUUAAUAUCCUGAAAUAGUAGUUUUGUGCCAUCCGUUUCUCAUUUGACAAUGACCCCGAACUUUGUUAGGAUUUGUUUUUCUAUAUUUGUUCACCUUUUGGUAGAAGGUAGCAUAUAUAUAUAUAUAUGUAUUUCAUGUAUCAUAGUCUAGAUGGUUCAGCAUACCAAAGAAGAGGGAAAGCCCCGAGAGUUGUUCUCUAGGUUGUUUUUGAAACAUAUGAACUUCGUUAUGGAAUUAUUUGUAUAA